UUUGUCCGCCGGCCGAGCCCCGAUGGCGCCGGAGCGCAGCGCGGAGGGUCCCCCGCGGGCUUUCCUGCAGAGCCUCCGCCCGCUCUACGACAUCCUGGACGAGCGGCGCCGGGGCUACGUGCACCUGCGGGAGAUCGAGUCGCGCUGGCUGCAGCCGGGCGGGGAAGCGGGGCCGCUGCCGCCGGGGGUGCUGGAGGGGCUGCGCCGGGCGGCUCCGGCCAGCGGCUACCUCACCUUCGAGCGCUUCGUGCUGGGGCUCCGGCUGUCGCUCCUGGGCCCCGAGCAGCCCUCCGGAGGGAAAGCGGCGGCCCCAGCGCCCGGGCCCCCCGCCGACCCGCCCCUGACAUGCGGCGGCGCCCCGCGGAGCCUGGAGCGGAGCAGCCACGGCGGGCAGGCGGAGCAGCAGCUGCAGGGCAAGAGAGCCGCGGGAGAGGCCGAUGGGAGCCGGAAGCCGAGGGAGCAGCUGGGAAACAAGGGUCCCUGCAAGGAGCCCCGGAGGCAGCUGAGCCUUCGAGGGGAACGGCGGAGACACACUAUCACCCACGGAGUGGACUACGAGAUGCUGAAGCAGAUGAAGGAGCUGGAGAAGGAGAAGGACUUCCUGCUGCAGGGGCUGGAGCUGGUCGAAGAGGUCCGGAGCUGGUACCACCAGCAGCUCCAUCGCCUGCAGGGGCACCAGAAGCAGCUGGCACGAAGCAAAGGUCGCCAGGAAGACGAAAGUCUGGCGCAGCUCAACCAUCUCUUCCCCCAAGUACAGAAGCUGAACCAGUGCCUCUGGCAGCUGCUCUCCCUCUCGGCCAAACCUGGGAGCUCAAGCCCCACCGCCUCGCACAGCCCGCCUGCCACUCUGCUGGGCCCCUCCCCAUCUGUAGGGCCACAACAGACCAUCAACAUGCUGAAAGAACAGAACAGGCUCCUCACCAAGGAGGUGACGGACAAAGGCCACCGGAUCACCCAGCUGGAGCAGGAGAAGUCGGCCCUCAUCAAGCAGCUCUUUGGAGCCCGGGCAGAAAGUACCAAGGACAGCAACCAGCUGGAUUCCACCUUCAUUUAGCCUCUGGACACCAAUUGCCUCUUUCUGGGGCAUCCCCUCCCCCAGAGACUGGACAUCUCCCAUGGGGGGAGGUGAGGGGGCGGCUGCAGAAGAACCGGGGCCCUAUCCACC